AUGCACCAAAGAGUUCCCAACUUCGCCUCAAAGCGUUCCAAAUUUACGAAUGUUAGGAAGAGAGCUAAGCGACAGUUCUUCUUCCCUGGAUACUACAACCCGUACAAUUCUUUCGGAAACUACUAUUAUCCUUCUUACCCUGGAUUCUACAAUUCGUACUACUAUCCUUCUUAUUCCUACUUCAAUCCGCUAGGGACCGGAUCUCUUUGGGCUGCUGGAGGCGGAUUGCUUGGAAAUACGCUAUCGUUUUUCAUCGGCAAAUAG